AAACAACGAAGACACAAGUUCAAGUCUCAGUGCGGCGAAGCGAGAGGAGUCGAACAGUCUCUUUUUACUAAAAUGGCAAAAGUAGAUUUAUAUGCCGAAUAUAAAGGGGUUUAUAUGUCAGUGGCUUUGCACACUCCCGACAGCCUGAAAUAUUAUGAGGAUUUCACUUUCCGAUCAGAUGACAUCCUUAUCAUCACCUAUCCCAAGUCAGGCACAACAUGGAUGCAGGAGAUCAUUCCUCUGAUCUGCAGUGAGGGAGAUCUCACUCCAGUGCGCACUAUACCAAACUGGGACCGGGUUCCAUGGCUGGAACAGCAGAGGGCCAAAAUACAGAAUCUGGAGCAGAGGCCUUCUCCACGCAUCUUUGCAACCCACUUCCAUCAUGGCAUGAUGAACAAGUCCUAUUUUGCAGUCAAGCCAAAAGUCAUUUAUGUAAUACGAAACCCGAAAGACGUGUUUACAUCCUCCUACUACUACUAUGGAAUGGCUUCACAUCUGAUCAAUCCUGGCACUGUUGAUGAGUUUCUGAAAGGCAAAAUGAAUGAUGGCAAUGCAAUGUUUGGUUCGUGGUUUGACCAUGUGAAGGGCUGGCUCAAUGCAAAAGACCAGGAUCACAUUUUCUCCAUUUCAUAUGAGGAAAUGAUACAAGAUUUGAAAGGCUCUGUGACGAAAAUUGCCCAGUUUCUUGAAAAGCCUCUGAGCCCAGAAGUGAUUGAGAAGAUAGCUGAGAAUUGUCAAUUCAAGAACAUGAAGCAGAACAAGAUGUCCAACUAUUCUUUGGUUCCAGAAGAGUUCAUGGAUCAAAAGAAAUCUGAGUUUCUCAGGAAAGGAAUCACUGGUGACUGGAAGAACCUUCUUACUGAGGCCCAGACUGAGAAAUGUAAUGCUAUUUACAAAGAGAAAAUGAAAGACGUUGGUUUCAAAUUUGUUUGGGAUUGA